UCCUUCCUUCUCAUCAUCCAAUUUGAACACUGUUAAAUCCCCCCCUCCCUCCCUUGUGUCUCCUAUCUGCAUCUGCUCAUCACAGCCUCUGUCAGACCUGCGUGUUUUCUUCAGCUGACCAGAGCGGACUUUUUUUCCUUUAUCCAGGGAGCGUGGCGGACGAAGGAGAAGAAAGACAAAGAGUGAGCCCAUGCGAGCAGCGUUUGGACUGAGCGCAGCUGUUUCGUUCAGAGAAGGGCCCACCAUGUGAGAAGAUGUCUGUUGGAGGUUGUGCUUGUCCCGGCUGUUCGUCAAAGUCAUUCAAGCUGUACUCUCCCAAGGAGCCACCCAACGGCGGCAACUUUCCCCCCUUCCACCCAGGCGCUAUGCUGGACAGAGAUGUGGGGCCAACACCCAUGUACCCGCCCUCAUAUAUGGAGCCUGGAAUGGGGAGACCCACGCCGUAUGGGAACCAGACAGAUUACAGGAUAUACGAGCUGAAUAAACGACUGCAGAACUGGACAGAGGACUGUGACAAUCUCUGGUGGGACGCGUUCACUACAGAGUUCUUUGAAGAUGACGCCAUGCUCACUAUCACCUUCUGUUUAGAAGAUGGUCCAAAACGAUACACAAUCGGCAGGACGUUGAUUCCUCGAUACUUUAGAAGUAUUUUUGAGGGAGGCGCCACUGAGCUCUUCUACGUUUUGAAGCAUCCAAAAGAGUCCUUCCAUAGUAACUUUGUGUCCCUGGACUGCGACCAAUGCACCAUGGUGACCCAGAAUGGCAAACCCAUGUUCACACAGGUUUGUGUCGAAGGCCGGCUGUACUUGGAGUUCAUGUUUGACGACAUGAUGAGGAUCAAAACGUGGCACUUCAGUAUCAGACAACACAGAGAAGUCCUUCCCAGGAGCAUUUUGGCUAUGCAUGAUCCCCAGAUGCUCGAUCAGCUGUCUAAAAAUAUCACCAGAUGUGGACUAUCCAACUCGACGCUCAACUACCUCCGUCUAUGUGUGAUUUUGGAGCCGAUGCAGGAGUUGAUGUCCAGACACAAGACUUACAGCUUAAGCCCCAGAGACUGUCUGAAGACCUGUCUUUUUCAAAAGUGGCAAAGGAUGGUAGCACCUCCAGCUGAACCGGCCAGGCAAGCUCCGAAUAAACGCCGGAAAAGAAAGGUGUCCGGCGGCAGCACUGUGAGCUCGGGCGGGGGCAACAACAACAACAGCAACAGCAAGAAGAAAAGCCCAGGCAACAGUUUUUCACUCUCCAGCCAGGUACCUGACCUGGUUGGAACAAAAACCUGUACAGUGCCGGAGCUUGAGGACCGAAGUUGAGAACCACUACGCUAAAUGUUACACACAAACACACACACACGGACACACACUCCACCUACAUCUGUGGCAGAAAUCAAUGAGGUACUGGAGAAAGGCGAUACUCGUGUCUGGACCAGAGCACCAGACACCACAGAAGUAUGUUUUAAGUUUUUCUGUUUUUUUUGUUUUGUUUAUUUUUUUGUUUGUUUUUGUAAAAAAUGAAAAAACUAAAUAUAGACAGACAAAGCAAACAAACAGCCCAGAAUAUCCUUUGCACUGUUUUCCACUAUUAACUGCAAUCUAUUUUUCUUAUGGUGUAUUUUUUUCUUUUUUUCCUUUUUUUCUAUUAUUAUGUAAGAAGUGUAAAACAUUUGAAACCUGCAGUAUAUUAAUGUAUAAGUAUUGCUGUUAGAUCAUUCUUAUUGUGAUGGUAAUAACUAAUGUAAGCCUCUGCUCGAUGUGUCACCCAUCUGUGUCAGACGUCCCGCCGUCAUCAAGUUCUGUCGGGAGAACAAGGCUUGUGUUUUACUACUGUUAGCGAGUCCAAAGCAGCACACUGGAAAACACGCGUCCCAGCCCGAUUUCCAUCCGUUGUCCAAUCCCGGCGCAACUGUUUGCUUUGUCUUGACAUCUCCUAACUUGCGGUCCACUCUAGAGAAUAUAUGAACGGAAAACCUCUUAAAUUUGCUACUUUAAAAAAAAUAUUUUAAAACCAAGUUUUGACAGCAUUGUAAAAUAAUAAUAAUAAUAAAAAAAGAACUUUUGUAUUAACUUAAGCUUCCAGGAAAUGUUUUUAAGGACAUUAAAGAAAGCUGCAGACCAAGAAGCUCCAUGUAAAGAUUCUUACACUCUGCUCUGCUUUCCGACGAAUCAUUUGUUGGCUUUACUCUUCAUGUUUGUGUCUGUGCUUGUAUAUUUUUAGGUAGUAAUUUCUGUAAAGCUUAUUCUAUGUAUUCCCUGAAACUGAAAAACCCAAUGUUAAAAAUGAAAAAGCCUCAGAAGUUUUUUUUUUUUUUUAUGUAAUUUUUAAUCGUACAAUCAAUGAUUAAAUAAUUUUUGCCCUGGAUUUACUGAGCUAUAUUUAUUUUUCUAUGCAUUGACAUUUUUUGGUGCAGCCCACCUGUACAGUUUCCAUGGCAACAUAUGGAGGAAUUUGUGAAGCUGCUUGGUCUGAGUGUUAAUUUAGAUUAUGUUUUACUUUGAAAUAAAGCUCAUUCAGAAACUCAUUCUGAUACACUUUUUAAGAAAUUAUUGAAAUAUAAGAAUUUAAAUUUGUUAAUGUUUCAUUUAUGUAUAGUUGAAUAUUAGUUGCCCUAUUAAAGCUGCUGGUCAUAAUUUAGAUAAUAUUUUUCCUGUGCAGAUAUUUUCUUUACUUUUUGUCACUUCCAGACUCCACCAGCAGGGGGCUCUCAGCUCCAGACUAAGCAGCUGAAUAGAAAUUCCUUCACCAACAUUUUCAUCUGUAAAUCCACGCUGGGGUGCAGCUCUAUGUAUCUCCAUCACCAUGUCAUCUUUUUUGUGGUGUCCCAAUUCAACAGAUGAACGCAGAAUCCAGUCCAGGAGCAGCCUACCAACACUUGUUUGAGUUUCACAUAGCAGUUACUAAGAAAAUAUGAGAGAGAAAGAUGGAGCAGCUGUUGCUGCUUCUUGUAGCACCUCAACCCAGGGGGUGGUUUUAUAUCUAUAUUUUUUGCGAGGUUUCUGUCAUUGAUAAUUCAUGUACGGUCUCAAUAAAGAUGAAUUUUCACUGAAAA